UAGUUGGGACAUGAACCAUAGCGUGGACACUGUUACCAUUACCGAGCGUAACGGACGUAGUUGACGUCUGCUCUCCCAGAGGACGCGUUGGUGUUCGAAGCGCGCCGCCGGCCGCGCAACCAUCAUCCAGCCAACGCGAAGCGCACCGUGUCAUAACCUUUGGCGCGUGGCGCGUUAAGUAAACAACUAUUCGCACGAGUGUGUAUCCACCUGGCGUUUAUUACGCUCGAGAUGUACGAGGCGCACAGCAUCAAUGCGGAGCACAAGGAUCUCAUACACGAUAUCGCCUACGAUUACUAUGGGGAACGGAUGGCGACAUGCUCCAGCGAUCAGUUUGUCAAGGUCUGGGACGAGGACGAGCAUGGAAAUUGGCACUUAACCGCUUCCUGGAAGGCCCACAGCGGAUCGGUAUGGAAGGUCACGUGGGCACAUCCGGAAUUCGGUCAGGUUCUCGCUACAUGUUCAUUCGAUCGCACCGCUGCUGUUUGGGAGGAGAUCGUGGGCGAGGGCUCGGGGCCGGAGGCACGCGGCAGUAAGCAUUGGAUUAAAAGAACAAACUUGGUUGACUCGCGCACCUCGGUCACGGAUGUCAAGUUUGCACCGAAGACCCUGGGCCUUCUGCUGGCCACUUGUAGCGCGGAUGGAUUCAUUCGGAUAUACGAGGCACCGGAUAUCAUGAAUUUGAGCCAGUGGACGUUACAACACGACAUCAACUGCAAGCUUUCGUGCAGUUGUCUCACGUGGAAUCCAUCUCUCUCGAGAUUACACCCGCCUAUGAUAGCAGUCGGCAGCGACGACCCGAAUCCUACGCUUGGGGCCAAAAUCUUUAUCUACGAAUAUUCCGAGAAUAGUAGGCGUUGGGUGAAGGCCGAGACGUUGUCGAGCAUUACGGACGCCGUUUACGAUAUUGCGUUUGCUCCUAAUCUAGGCAGAAAUUUCCACACACUGGCCAUAGCCACGAAGGACGUGCGAAUAGUCACUUUGAAACCGACGGACGAGAGUACGCAGACCGGUGUGUCGCAUUUCGAAACGAAUGUAGUCGCGCAGUUCGACGAUCAUUACUGCACAGUCUGGCGUGUCAGCUGGAACUGCAUGGGAACGAUUUUAGCAAGUUCCGGCGACGACGGUUGCGUCCGAUUGUGGAAAGACAAUUUCAUUAACCGCUGGAAAUGCAUCUCUGUUCUUAAGGGAGACGGUAUUCCAGCACAGGGUGCCGAAACUCCCAUUGUAGCGACUCCGCCGAGUUCGUCUACACCAGCUCAACAGAUACCGUCUACCACCAGGACCGUAAGCAUAGCCAUGGUCACUGCGGAGAAGCCAACCCCUACCAUCGUGUGCAGUAACAAGUGGCAAGCGCCCGUUAUAAAGGGACGCUUUAGUAAAUCCGUAUGGCUGGGUAAUCCCAGCGAACCGACGCCACCGUUGCUGCCGAUUAUAGCAAAGAAAUAAUCUUGGGAUCGUUUCCGAUCUAAAAUGUGAUUCAGUAUUAUUUAGAUUUAGAAUAAGCGCGAUGAUGCAUGUCGACUUUAAUUUUAACGCGUUUGUGAUAUAUAUUGAAGGGAUUCUUGAAGGAAUCCAUAAAAGUUUUUCCUGCGGAAUUAAAAUGCAAAAUCGUUUAUUAUACAAUCCUGCCACAUUUGUUUUUUUUUGUUUUUUAUAACGAUCCUUUAAUUACAACGUAUUGAUUAUUUAUAUAGAUUAUUAUUAGAUUACUUGGAUCUCUGGUUUGCGGAAACAAUCUAUUAUUACGCUGUAGAAAUUUCUGAUAAAUAUAUUUUUAAAAGUCUGAUUAAAAAA